AUGGCGGCAGCAACAAACUCGACGCCGCAGAUUAGCUCCAAAUCUCCCACAAUCCGUCGUAUACUCCGAGAGGCGGCCGAAAUCUCCAGCUCGCCGUCGGCAGACUACGUCGCCGAACCGCUCGAGUCGGACCUCUUCGAGUGGCACUUUACCCUCCGCGGCCCGCCCAACUCUGCCUUCAGCCAAGGCAUCUACCACGGCCGCAUCAUCCUUCCGUCCACCUAUCCGCUGCGACCCCCGAGCUUCCGCUUCACCACGCCCAACGGGCGCUUCGAGGCCAACCGUGAAAUUUGUCUGAGCAUCAGCGGUCACCACGAGGAAACGUGGCAGCCCGCCUGGGGCAUCCGCACCGCCAUAGUGGCGUACGUCACCCGUGUACCCCGCGCAGACGCCGAGGACUUUGCUGACGACAUCUCCUUGCCUUGCAGUCUGCGGAGCUUUAUGGAGACGAGCGCACGCGGCCAGCUUGGCGGGCUCGAGUCGCCCGACUCCGUCCGCCGCCGCUUCGCCCAGGAGUCGACCGCCUUCAGGUGCUCGACCUGUGGCCGCACCAACGCCGACAUCAUCGCCGAGUCCGAGAAGCGGGCCCAGGAGAGCUCGUCGGCGGCCGCGGAUGUCGAGGUGCCCCAUGACCUGCGCAUGGGUUUCAAGGACGAGAUGGAGGCCAAGAAAGCCGCGUCCGCCGUCAAGAAUGACCAUUCGGACGCCGCCGCCGAGCUCGCCGAGGGAUUUGUGGCGACGACACCCAUCUCGCCGAGGAGAGACUCUCUGCAGUACGCCGCGCCGCCUCCCCAGUCGGCCGUCGUUACGAACCAAGUCACCCAUCUCUCGCGCCGACAAUCCGUCGCCCCGGCCACCCCCUUGGUUCAACGGCAACCCCACCCGACACUCCCCAACCAGCCAAACGGCGUACCCUUGUGGAUCGACAGGGCCAUCGUUGUCCUGGGUACCCUCCUGACCGUCUUGCUUCUCAAGAUCCUGCUUGGCAUCUGA